UAGGGCGCCACUGUUCACGCACUUUUUUCCGAUGUCCAUGUCAGCACUUUCAAUCCUUUAUAUUUCCCUCCCUCUUUGGCGCAUUGCAUAUUCUUUUUCAAACUUCCUCUGAAUAAUCAGAGUUAAUUGUGAAAGAGAAAAAAUAAAAAUAAAAUGGAAGCCACGUCGGAGGAUCGACCCCCUGCACAGCGCCUGACAUUCGCGUAUUAUGUGACUGGUCAUGGAUUUGGCCAUGCCACCCGAGUAGUCGAGGUAGUACGGAAUCUUGUUGCAGCUGGACACGAUGUUCAUGUGGUCACUGGGGCCCCUGACUUUGUCUUCACCACUGACAUAAAUUCACCCAACCUGUAUAUUCGCAGGGUUUUACUUGAUUGCGGAGCUGUGCAAGCAGAUGCGUUGACUGUUGAUCGACUUGCUUCUUUAGAAAAGUAUUCCCAAACUGCAGUUCUGCCACGUGCCUCAAUACUGGCUACUGAAGUGGAGUGGCUAAAGUCAAUUAAGGCUGAUUUGGUGGUGUCAGAUGUUGUACCUGUGGCCUGUCGAGCAGCAGCAGAUGCUGGAAUUCCAUCUGUUUGUGUGACCAACUUCAGUUGGGAUUUUAUCUAUGCCGAAUAUGUUAUGGCAGCUGGUCAUCAUCACCGUUCCAUUGUUUGGCAGAUAGCAGAAGACUAUUCUCAUUGUCUUUUCUUGCUUAGACUACCUGGCUAUUGCCCAAUGCCAGCUUUUCGUGAUGUAAUUGAUGUGCCCUUGGUGGUUCGGAGAACACAUAGAAGUCGGCAAGAGGUGCGGAAAGAACUCGGGAUUGGCGACGAUAUCAAGCUAGUUAUCUUUAAUUUUGGUGGUCAGGAAGCUGGCUGGAAUUUGAAAGAGGAAUCUUUGCCACCUGGUUGGAUAUGCUUGGUCUGUGCUGCUUCUCCAAAGCAGGAGUUUCCACCCAACUUCAGAAGGCUUGCAAAAGAUACAUAUACACCUGAUCUCAUAGCUGCAAGUGACUGCAUGCUAGGAAAAAUUGGAUAUGGCACUGUCAGUGAGGCAUUAGCAUACAAGAUACCAUUUGUCUUUGUUCGCCGAGAUUAUUUCAAUGAGGAACCUUUCUUGAGAAACAUGCUUGAGUACUACCAUGGAGGCGUUGAAAUGAUUAGACGUGAUUUACUAACAGGGCACUGGAUUCCAUAUCUUGAGCACGCCAUUAAAUUAAACCCAUGCUAUGAUCAACCAAUUAAUGGCGGUGAGGUGGCUGCAACUAUUUUGCAGAACACAGCUACUGGAAGAGUUUACAGCUCAAACAAGUUUAGUGGAGCAAGAAGAUUGCGAGAUGCGAUUGUGCUUGGGUUUCAAUUACAAAGGAUUCCUGGACGGGACAUCUCAAUUCCUGAAUGGUAUAGUCAUGCAGAAACUGAGCUUGGUCUUCGUCCCAUGACGCCUAAUGGAGAGAAAAAUGAACAUAAUGUGACUUCUUUAGAUGUUGAAGAUUUUGAGAUUCUACAUGGAGACCUGCAUGGCUUAUCAGACACAAAGACAUUCUUGAAGAGUUUGGCAAGUUUGGACUUCCAUUUUAGUUCAAGUGAGAUAGGAGAAAAACGUCAAGUCCGUGAGCGGUUGGCUGCAGCUGGCUUAUUUAACUGGGAGGAUGUGAUAUUUGUUGCAAGAGCUCCUGGUCGUCUAGAUGUCAUGGGUGGCAUUGCAGAUUAUUCGGGGAGCCUUGUUUUACAGAUGCCAAUCAGAGAGGCUUGCCAUGUUGCAGUCCAGAGGAGUCAUCCAAGCAAGCAAAGGCUUUGGAAACAUGCCCUUGCUCGCCAGCAUGAAAGAGGGGAAGGAUUUUGUCCAGUAGUCCAAAUUGUGUCGUUUGGAUCAGAAUUGAGCAAUCGAGCUCCCACUUUUGACAUGGAUUUAGCAGAUUUCAUGGAUGCAGGCUGUCCAAUAUCAUAUGAGAAAGCACGCACAUAUUUUGCCAGUGAUCCUUCACAAAAGUGGGCUGCAUACGUUGCGGGAACAAUACUUGUUUUGAUUCAUGAGCUUGGUGUGCAGUUCAAUGAUGGCAUCAGCAUACUUGUAUCUUCAAGUGUUCCAGAAGGCAAAGGUGUCUCAUCUUCUGCUGCUGUAGAAGUUGCUACAAUGUCUGCUAUUGCUGCUGCACAUGGAUUAGAUAUUUCACCAAGGGAUUUAGCCUUGCUUUGUCAAAAGGUGGAAAAUCAUAUUGUUGGAGCUCCCUGUGGAGUAAUGGACCAAAUGACAUCAGCGUGUGGUGAAGCUAACAAACUAUUAGCUAUGGUGUGCCAGCCCGCAGAGGUAAAGGAGCAUGUGAAUAUUCCAGCACACAUACGCUUUUGGGGCAUUGACUCAGGGAUACGGCAUAGUGUUGGUGGGGCAGACUAUGGUUCUGUGAGGGUUGGAACAUUCAUGGGGCGCCAAAUUAUAAGAUCGACAGCAUUAACUCCGCUUUCCCAACCCUCAACAGCCACAAACUUACAAGAAUAUAGAAAUGGAGUUAUCCAUGAUGAAAUUGACGAAUAUGGUUCUGUCUUGCUUGAAAAAGAAGCAAAAUUAGAUUACUUGUGCAACCUUCCACCUCACAGAUAUGAAGCAAAUUACGCAAAGAUACUCCCAGAAGAAAUAAGCGGAAGGGCUUUUAUGGAUACAUAUGGAAGUCACAAUGAUCCAGUGACAAAUAUUGAUCCCAAGUGCACCUAUGCAAUAAAAGAUCCAACAACACAUCCCAUUUAUGAGAACUUCCAUGUUAAUGCAUUUGGAUCACUGUUAUCAUCAGUAUCUACAGAUGAGCAACUUUCUGCAUUAGGAGAACUUUUAUACCAGUCACACUAUAGCUACUCCAAAUGUGGCCUUGGUUCAGAUGGCACAGACCGGCUUGUAAAUCUUGUUCAACAAAUGCAGCAUAGGAAAAAGAAUGGAACUGAAGAAAAAGGUACACUGUUUGGUGCAAAAAUCACAGGUGGAGGAUCUGGUGGGACUGUUUGCGUGCUUGGUCGAAAUUGCAUUCAAAGUAGUGAAGAAAUUAUUGAGAUUCAGCAACGUUACAAAGCUGCAACAGGUCACUUACCUUUUAUAUUUGAGGGUUCUUCACCUGGAGCUGGGAAAUUUGGCUACCUGAAAAUCCAACACCGGAUCCAUGGCAGAUUGUUCCAUUGAUAUGAAUAGACAUAACCUUUGCCUGGAGUUUAAAAAUAGAGAUUCUAGUUUUAAUAAAUUUAUAAAAUAUGUAAGAUAUCAUUUUCUUACCAUUUCGGUGGCACUAGAAACUAUAGAAGGUAGGAUAGCAAUAAAUUACACUUUGCUGCCAAAUUUUUAAAACCACGUGUUUUCAAUUCUAUUCUUGCAGACAAAUUUUUUAGUCUCAACAAAGUGCUAAGAAACACAUUUAUUGAUUUAAGAUAAUGAAGUAUUUGAUUUAA